AUGACAAUCUCGAGCGAGAUCCAGGCGCACCCCGAAACUCAGCACAAGUGGUGGAAAGAGGCCACUGUGUACCAGAUCUACCCUGCAAGCUUCAAGGACUCCAACGGCGAUGGAUGGGGCGAUUUGGCGGGCAUCCGGUCCAAGCUGGGCUACAUCAAAGACCUCGGUGUCGACGUGAUUUGGAUCUGCCCCUUCUACGACUCUCCGCAACAGGACAUGGGCUACGACAUCUCGAACUACGAAAAAGUUUGGCCCCGUUACGGCACCAAUGCCGAGUGUUUCCAGCUCAUUGACGAUGCCCACAAGAUGGGAAUCAAGGUCGUGGUUGAUCUCGUGAUCAACCACUGCUCGUCCGAGCACGAGUGGUUCAAAGAGAGCCGUUCGUCCAAGACGAGCCCCAAGCGGGACUGGUUCAUCUGGCGUCCACCCAGAGGGUACGACGCCGCGGGCAAGCCGAUCCCUCCGAACAACUGGCGCUCGAUCUUUGGUGGUUCCGCGUGGGAAUUCGACGAGCUUACGCAAGAAUUUUACCUGCGUCUCUUCGCUUCGCGCCAACCAGACUUCAACUGGGAACUCAAAGAAGUGCGUGACGCCAUUUACGACACUGCUGUCGGCUUUUGGCUCGACCACGGCGUUGACGGUUUCAGAAUCGACACUGCCGGACUGUAUUCCAAGAUUCCUGGGCUUCCAGACACUCCCGUGCUCGAGCCCGGCGAACCUUACCAAUUUCCCGGAGAUGUCACUCACAACGGGCCGCGCAUCCAUGAGUUCCACCAGGAGAUGCAUCGUUACAUGCAGGCGCGGAUCCCCGCGGGCACCGAGCUGCUUACCGUGGGCGAAGUCGGUGAGGGCGAUUAUGAGACUCGGCGCAAGUACACCAGCGCAAAGCGCGGCGAGAUCUCGGAACUGUUUCAAUUCACGCACACGAGUUGCGGCGUCUCGCCUUCCAACCAUUACCACAUUGUUCCCUUCACACUCAAAGACUUCAAACUCGGAAUCGCUGACAGUUUCCAGUUCAUCAACGGCACCGACUGCUGGUCAACCAUAUAUUUGGAAAACCACGACCAGCCUCGUAGCGUGACCCGGUUCGGAUCCGAUUCUGCGCAGUACCGCACCGUCUCUGCCAAAUUGCUUGCCCUUAUGGAAAUCUCGCUCACCGGGACCUUGUACAUUUAUCAGGGCCAGGAACUGGGCCAACCCAACUUCCGCGACUGGCCCAUCGAGUAUUACGAAGAUGUGGACGCACUCAACCACUACCAAGAAGUUAUAGACCUGCACGGCGCCAAUUCCGUGCAAAUGCAAAAACUGCUUGCCGGUUUGGCGCUGUUGUCACGUGACCACUCACGUACUCCCUUCCCUUGGACCCGUGAGGAGCCUCACGCUGGGUUCACCACCAAAGAGGCCAAACCGUGGCUGCGUUUGAACGACUCAUUUCGGGAAGGCAUCAACGCCGAGGACGAGCUCGCAGACCCAGACUCAGUUUUACAUUUUUGGCGAACCGCGCUUCAAUGGCGUAAAGAGCACAAGGACAUCCUUGUCUACGGCUACGACUUCGCAUUUCACGACCUUGACCAUGAGAAGCUGAUGUGCUUCACCAAAAAAUCGAAGGACAAAGUCAUGUACGGGGUUUUGAACUUCAGUGAUGAUAAUGUCGAGUACUCAGUGCCCUCGGACUCUGCUAAAUACCAUCUUUUCGCCUCCAACUACGCCGAUGCAAUAGCAGGGCCCACCGAGGGUCCGACUGAAGGCCGUACUUUAAGGCCUUGGGAAGGUAGACUUUUCUUCAUUCAAAGCUGA